AUGGGGCACACGGCGAUCAAUGACGUCAAUGACGUCCGCCUCACCAGCUCUGACUCUGGCUUUGGUGAAGAUACAGCAUACUCAGAGAAGCUGCAGCGUUUGAAGGAGCUGAAGGAGGAGAAGGAGCAGCUGCAGCACAGAGUGAUCCAGGACAUGGAGAGGAAGCUGCAGGCCGAUCAGAUGAAGUGGAAGAUCAUGUCCUGUAAAAUGAAGAUUGAACAGCUGAAGGAGGCGAUCGCCGGGGGAAACGAGGAGGUGACGAGUGAUAAGGAGCUGCUCCAGCGCUCUCAGGAGGAAUGUCAGCGGCUGCAGCGGCGUGCUGGGCGUCAUCAGGAGAAACGGGACAAAAUCGAUCGUCACAACCAUCGUCUUGGCGAGCUGCUGGAGCGCCGUAGUCGAGAGCUGCAGAGCCGUCUCAGUCAGCUGGCUGCUCUGAGACGAGAACACAUCCUGGAACUCAGCACGUUCAUGUUCCCGCUGAAGGAGGAGAAACAGGAGCGCAGAGACCCUGCAGACGUGGUGGCAGAGUGUGACCCCGCCCUGACCUCCAGCACGGUGAGCGAGCUGGCCGAGGCUAGGAGAACCACCUACCUGUCUGGACGCUGGAUAUGGGAUGACCAGAACGGAGAGACCAGCAUCAGCAUCACGGGGCCCCCCGUCAGCCUGCCUAGCAACGGAGACUGCUCCGCCUACUACACCUGGGUGGAGGAGAAGAGCACCAAUCAGGGCCCAGAGUUGGACCACAUUAACCCCGCCCAUACCAUCAGCGCUGCUCUCUGCUACGCCACUCAGCUGGUCACCAUCCUGUCUCACAUCCUUGACGUCAACCUGCCCAAGAAGCUCUGUAACAGUGAGUUCUGUGGAGAGAACCUGAGCCGCUACCGCUUCACCAGAGCUCUGAGCAAGCUCAACACCAACAUCCUGCACCUGUGCUUCUCUCAGCAUGUGGACAGUGAGAAGCUCCACCCACAUCACACUCUGAGGAACAUCAUGUUUCUGGUUGCCCCUGACAACGACAAUCUGGGAAGGACGGGUCCUUUCGAGGUCAGCGCUGACCUGGAGGAGUCCAUGGAGUUCGUGGAGCCGGAGGCGGCGGGGCCAGCUGAGGAGAGCGGGGACGAGGAGGUGACGGAUGAGGAGACGGACCUGGGGACGGACUGGGAGACGGUGCCGAGUCCUCGAUUCUGUGACAUUCCCUCACAGUCCAUGGAUCUUUCCCAGAGUGCUUUGCAGGUGUCUCAGCCCUCUGCCAACACCGGGGGGAUGAUCUCAUCAGCUGCUGCUUCCGUCACUUCCUGGUUCAGGGCGUACACCGGACAGCGCUAAUGGACAGGCGUCAAGGACAGGAAGUGGACCAGGUCUGACGUGAACUGGACUUGUACAGACCUCAGACUCGGGUCGAACUGAAUGUGAAUCAAACAGAUUAGUCACAGAGACAUCUGAAGGCAGCACGAUGCGUUCAUGGACCCAGCAAUAAAGAUGAACGAACCAGCCAA